CAGUUAUUGAAGGUGAUCAAUGAAGAUUAAACAACAGUAAAAAAAAAGAUGACAGACAUACAGGAUACUUUGCUGCUGGGCUCAGAGGGAAUAAGGAAAACUAUCCUGCAUGGAGGCACCGGAGACAUCCCAAAACUCAUCACUGGGGCAAAGGUAACGUUCCACUUCCGCACCCAGUUGUGUGACGAUGAUCGCACAGUGAUAGAUGACAGCAAAGUGGCGGGGACACCCAUGGAGAUUGUGAUCGGCAACAUGUUCAAACUGGACGUCUGGGAGACUCUGCUGGCCUCUAUGAGGAUCGGGGAAGUGGCUGAAUUCUGGUGCGACACCAUUCACACUGGUGUGUACCCACUUGUAUCAAAGAGUAUGAGGCGCAUCACGGAGGGCAAAGACCCGGUGGACUGGCACAUCCACACAUGUGGUAUGGCCAACAUGUUCGCCUACCACAGCCUCGGCUACGAUGACCUGGACGAGCUGAUGAAGGAACCGAAGCCUCUCUACUUUGUCCUGGAGCUGCUCAGGGUGCAGCAGCCCAGUGAGUACAACAGGGAGUCGUGGGCUCUGAGUGAUGAGGAGAGGCUGAAGGUGGUGCCUGUGCUGCACGGACAGGGGAACAAACUCUACAAACAAGGACACUACCAAGAGGCCACACAAAAGUACAAGGAAGCCAUCAUCUGCAUAAAGAAUGUGCAGACCAAGAAGAAAGCAUGGGAGGUCCAGUGGCUGAAGCUGGAGAAGAUGGCCAACACCUUAACGCUCAACUACUGCCAGUGUCUGCUGCGCAUGGAGGAGUACUACGAGGUCAUUGAACACACCAGUGACAUCAUCAAUCAGCACCCAGGUGUAGUGAAGGCCUUCUACCUGCGAGGUAAGGCCCACCUGGAGGUGUGGAAUGAAGCGGAGGCCCAGCAGGACUUCAGCAGGGUGCUGGACCUCGACCCCAGCAUGAAGAAGGCCGUGAAGAAGAAUCUGGCUGUGCUGACCAUGCGCAUGGAGGAGAAGAACCAGGAGGACAGGGACACGUACAAGGGCAUGUUUUAAAUUGAAGACACUAAUGUAGAGUUUUGACAAUCAGGAGUGACGGGCAACCAAAGAGUUAAGUUAUUAAAUCAACGACUUGAACAGAAGAUGCUCCCAGAAGUGUAGAAUAAUAAUAAUAUAUUAGACUUUUAUAGUGCUUUUCUAAAUACUCAAAGGCACUUAACAAAGAAUACGAAACAAAACAAAACGACGGAAAACAAUAUAAAAAAGAAAUAAUGUAAAAGAAGGAGGGUAAGCAAUGUAAAAGAUAAGAGAGGUUGUUGUUGUUUUCCCAAUCAGGAAGUAACACAAUCCCGCCUUCUCCAUAAUUAGCUGUAUUUAUUCGAUCUAUGAUAGUAAAAAUUGACCUCAUUUAUCCUAUUUUAAUUGUUUACAUUCCAUUGUUUUGUUCAAGUGGUAAACCUGUUGUUUGUCUAUAAUAUAUUCUAGUGUGUAGCAAG